AUGGGAAAAUUUGCUACACAGAAGCGUAAAAAACGCCAAUUUUGUGGCAAUCGACAUGCUAAACGUUCUCGCAUUGAAUAUGAGGGAGAGGGCGAGCCAGUUAUGCAAGAAAAUAACGAGGAAAGCGAGGUUUCUUUGAGUGCUGAUGAGGGCAUAGUAUCAAACGUGAAGGUUGUGCUUCUAAAUUCCACCUCACUUACCAAAACUGCAAAUGGAUGCAUUUGUCUUGGAUUUCAAAACGAAAAACAAAAGAGUUUUGAGGUAAAUUGACGAUUAGUGUAUGGAAUGCGAAUGAUUGGCAAAGGUCAUGCUGGUGCAUCAAAGGUUUGCUCUGUCAUGAACAUGCCACCACCACCACCUAGACCAAAGUCUUUCAAAAAGUCAUCUCGUGUCAUUGCUAAGCAUGCAAAGACAGUUGCUAAGAAGAGCAUGAAAGCAGCUGCAAAAGAAGUGUGUGUUUUGAAGUGAAGAUGUUGAUGGAACAAAUCCUGUAAACUGUGGUAUUUGAUGUGACGGUACCUGGCAACGAAGGGGACAUUCAUCAUGUAAAGGGCGUGUUACGGUUAUGUCGAUGGAUAGCGGGAAAGUUAUUGAUGUUGAGACAGUGAGUCACUGACUACAUUUUGCAAAAGAGGCAAUCAUUGAACUUUUAAAUCUACUGGAUAUUACUCCUGGCAAGUAUACAGAAGUGGCUUGUCAACUUGAAGACAAGUUGAGAGUUUCGCAUGCAGAACACAAAUCCACGCCCGAAGUUAAAAAGAGGCGUAAAGUGAUGAGAGGACUGAAAAAAACAAAAGUGUGACAAAAACAAACAGGGGGAGGGAGUAAAGUAUGGUGCUGGAGACUUCUAUUGACUUUUAGGGACAUGAAGUGUUUUUGGUAGCCAAUUACAUAGUAUGAAAAGUUUAAACUGUAUUUUCUCAAAUAAACAAUUUUCGCAAGGUUUGUAAUCUGCCAACAAUGAUAUCUCAAAAACAAUUUAACAGAUUUGGCUAAAAUUUUCAGAGGAUGUUUACUUCAUCAAAAGCUAUGCAAUGAAAUAGAAUGAAGUCAUUAGGUCAAAUACUUUUUGUGCUAUAAGCAAAAAUUCAUGCUGAUCAUGACUAAAUUUCAGGCACAUAUAUUGUUUCAUUCAGAACUUAGAAACUAUUUACCUGAUUUAAAAUCUUUUAGUUCAUUGCAUGGGUCUGGUAGUGCUUAUUAUUUUCCCAAAGUUUCAUAGACAAAUCUUAAAUUGCUUUCGAGUUAUGAUCGUUGGCGCAAUGGUCCGCUGCAAGGCGUUUCGAGCUGUUAUCUUGGUAACCAUGGCAACAGCAUAUGUCGGACUCACAUAAAUGUAAAUACUUUUCGAUGGGCUUUCAUAAUAUACCAUUUCAACUUUAUUUCUAGUUUUAAAUAUAAAAAAAAAAUUUGAGGGUCAUUCCACCUUAAAUAUUUGUUAAAACUCAGUGGUCCCGUAAUUUUUACCGAAUACGUAUGACGUCAUUGACAUCAACGAAUGUUUUCACGAUUUCAUGUUUGUCAAUAGAGCCCCCCCCCCCGCCCUGCUUCGGUAAAUUUAGUUCUACAGCACGGUGGAAAGCCUUGCAAAUUCUCUAUUGCACUAUUCGUCGACUAUUCGUACUAUUCGUCGACUAUUCGCACUAUUCGUCGACUAUUCGCGGACUAUUCGUACUAUUCGUCGACUAUUCGCGGACUAUUCGCACUAUUCGUCGACUAUUCGCACUAUUCGUCGACUAUUCGCACUAUUCGCUUCACUAUUCUAGUUUUAUCAAUUGCCAUUGUUUACAGUAUAUAGCGCUUGAUCAGAUCACAGGCGGCCCAAUCUUACCCUGUGUUAUUAAUUUAUUACGCUAUAUCUUUAUAUAAAUAGUAUAUUGAAAAUCAUUAGAAAAUCCUGUGUUAUUAAUUUAUUACGUUAUAUCUUUAUAUAAUAGUAUAAUGAAAAGCACUUACAUGUGUUUCCUGAAAGAUUUUAACGAGAACCGGCCAAGAUUGGCGUUGACAAGAGGAUAACGGCCAUAGUUGGGGUUGACAUGAGGAUUAACAGCAAGAAAUAAUACAAGGCUUGUCACUUUGACCGUUAUUGGACUAAUUGGGACAAACGCUGACAGAAAUCAAUCGAAUAACGGCAAUAACGCGAACUUCGGUCCAAUUAACGGUCAAAGUGACCAGCCUUGUAUUAUUUCUUGCUGUUAAUCCUCAUGUCAACCCCAACUAUGGCCGUUAUCCUCUUGUCAACGCCAAUCUUGGCCGGUUCUCGUUAAAAUCUUUCAGGAAACACAUGUAAGUGCUUUUCAUUAUACUAUUAUAUAAAGAUAUAACGUAAUAAAUUAAUAACACAGGAUUUUCUAAUGAUUUUCAAUAUACUAUUGUCUAUUUAGGCCACAGGCGGCCCAAUCUUUGAACGUCCUAUAUAUUUUGAAUAUUUAACCGUUAUAAUAUUUUAAAAUAGCAAAAUAAUUCAAAAAAUAUUAACAAUAUAUGUAAAAAAUAUAACUCACUUGUUAAUAGAAUCCAUUUGUUGUGUUUCUGAGUCUAGUUGAUGCGAUUGCUUUACGUUUUCGUCGUACUUGAACGGUCGUCAGUACUGGCACUGAACGACAUGGCCAUACUAGGACAUAAAUAACUACAAGGCUAGCCACGUAUCUGAUAUACUCUCCGACAUCGAGUCCAAUAUCUCGCCGCAGAAUCGUCGCAGAGCAAUACAUUUCACAUCGUCUAAUAGCACGAAGUUCAACGUUCCUCUUUCGAAAGAACUUGGUUUCUUCACCAUUGCGGCAAUUCCCGCGACACACAACGAACUUUGUUUGUCAAAAGUCCAAAUUUCCAUUUUCGACAGAGGCGCUAACCCCAUGAUCGUCGCCACGAGAGCUGCUCAGCAACCUGGCCUCCUCGUUUGAAAACAUUCCAUCAGGGGGGGAGGAGCUGGACUGGAAUGAGGGGGCUUUCAAAGCAGCACGAUAAAACACACGAUAUAAAUAGAAAUUAUUACUUUAUCAUGCUGUAUUCGACAAUAAACAAGUAUUAAACAUUUAUAUCGUGUGUUUUAUCGUGUUGCUUUGAAAUCCCCCUCAUUCCAGUCCAGCUCCUCUCCCCCCCCCUGAUGGAAUGUUUUCAAACGAGGAGGCCAGGUUGCUGAGCAGCUCUCAUGGCGACGAUCAUGGGGUUAGCGCCUCUGUCGAAAAUGGAAAUUUGGACUUUUGACAAAUAAAGAUCGUCGUGUGUCGUGGGAAUUGCCGCAAUGGUGAAGAAACCAAGUUCUUUCGAAAGAGGAACGUUCGUGGCUAUUAGACGAUGCGAAAUUUAUUGCUCUGCGACGAUUCUGAGGCGAGAUAUUGGACUCGAUGUCGGAGAGUAUAUCAGAUAAGUGGCUAGCCUUGUAGUUAUUUAUGUCCUAUACGGCCAUGUCGUCCAGUGCCAUAGUACUGACGACCGUUCAAGUACGACGAAAACGUAAAGCAAUCGCAUCAACUAGCCUCAGAAACACAACAAAUGGAUUCUAUUAACAAGUGAGAUAUAUUUUUUACAUAUAUUGUUAAUAUUUUUUGAAUUAUUUUGUUAUUUUAAAAUAUUAUAACGGUUACUGUCGUUCCAAUUGAAGUGUUGCUCAAAUAUUGAUUCAAUACAUUACCUCGGGCUGACCAAUUCAUUUGACAAGUUCCUCGAGAUAUUCAUACACUUCCUGUGAAAGAGCCAAUUCCAAGUAUUUGAUCAUUUCUGGUCACUUCCUUUCUAUUUAUGAUUGGUUAGUUGCACAAACAACAAAGGUGAUUGGUGCAUUCAAACUAUUCAACAGGAAGUUUACAAUUAUACUAGGAAGUGUAUGAAUAUAUCGAGGAACUUGAUCAAAUGAAUUGGUCAAGGUAUUGUAUUGAAUCAAUAUUUGAGCAACACUUCAUUUGGAACGACAGUAAAUAUUCAAAAUAUAUAGGACGUUCAGAGAUUGGGCCGCCUGUGAUCAGAUGCUUACCCAUGUGCUUGGGUUGAACGGCUUAAUAUUCAAGACAAAAUAACGAUAUUCAAUAACUAAGUACGUCUUAUGUAAUAAUUUAGACUUACUGCAUUUAUAUAAAUAUAAAUGCAGUAAGAUUUGCCCGUUUGACGUUGUCAGAGCCUGCAUGUGAUCGAUGACAUUAGCUGCCAUCGUUAUUUAAUAUAAACAUUAAAGAACCAUAGUCUCUUUGCAUGCCUGUUCUCCGGAGCAAAAUUUCCAUUUUACAGUUACAACAAUAUCGCAGUAUAAGAUGGGAGUUGUUUAUACUUAUACGACCCAUUAUAGGUAGUAUACGGUAUUGAGUUAUUUUUAAUAAAAUGUGUAACUUAUAUCAAAACGAUCAUGACCACAGGCGCCUUUUUUAUAUUCUGUAUCACUCUGUGUUUUUUUUUGUUAGAUAAUAUAAGCACAAAAACAAGGUUAAAAUUGACUGCAUCUUUGACUUUGAUCGACCCGUUCUAUAUACACGACACGGACAUCGUACUGCGACUCCUCUGACACCGCUAUAUUAAAAUUGGCGCAGUGUAGAGCACGUGUGUUGUUUCAUUUUAUUUUGUUGCACGGAGGACGAGAAAGUACCUACACAUAUUAGCCAUUCAUAUCUUAAAAUUGAUAUUUAUUUUAUGAUUGUUUCUCUAAAUGCUAGAUAAUGUAAAUCAAAAAAACAUCAGUCGUUGUAAAUAAAAAUAUAAAAUCCUAUUUGAAAAUUUUUUAAUAUAUUUGAAUUGUUUACACUAUACAUCUAUCGAUCGACCAUUGUUGAGUCACGUAAUGACGUAAUGCCUUCCACCCCAUCACAAUAGUACAAACUUGACUUCGUCAACUUUGCACUAAAAACGUGAUAUGAGAAUGCAUGAAAUGUAAGUUGAAAUUUAUUUAUAUGGCUCAAAUUUUCCAUCCUACAGGUGUGUUUCUUAAUAUAACUUCAGCAGUCUAAGUUCAAAAUACAAACUCGCGAAAUUUGACAAAUGUUGAAAAAAAUAGCUUGACUUUGAACUGUAUUUUGUUAAAAAUAGCCCGUGGCCUCAAUUUCAAAUAUAGCUAAAUGAAAAGAAAAACCUUUUCGGCGUUUGUAGGUAUCAAACAUAUCGUCAGGAAAAUAGGGGCUCACAAUGUUUUAGCUAAGUCUUUGAGACCCAGUUGCUUCGCACGUGUUGUAGUCAAAUUUUUGCCAAGAAUCAAAGGCCGAAAGGUGAACUUCCUUUAUGAAAACCUCCUCGAUUAGGGUCUAGUUUGAAAAUUUAGCUCUUAAUUUCCAUUUCAUGAGCAUAUUUUGGUUACACGUUAAAUAUUUUUGUACUUGAUGAGAUUCAAAAUUUGUUGUAUAUUCAAGCCCGCUUCAGUGUAAUUCUGGUGAUAACUGGAAAAGAAAUGAAGAUAUUUUAAAAACUGGCCGUGGCCUCACGAUAAAACGUUCUAAAAAUGUUCUCUGUUUCAUGUAUUUUUAUUUGAUAUCUUGGGUAUAAGCGUAAAAAUAGGGGCUCAUACAGUUUACGAGGUUAUAAAAUGCUUGACUUGUCUCUAUUUUCAUGUAAACAUUCGAAAUGUUUCGACAGUAAAGUAGCAAACUGUUUCAGAUCGAAUGCACACGGACAGCACACCAGGGACAAUGGCAGGGUACUGAAAUAGAACGUCACUUAAAAAUUCUGUAUGAGUUAAUUUAGAUCAUGUCCAUUUUCAAUAUAAAACAGUCGUUUAUUUUGUAUCAAAAAUUUGGCCUAUUUACAAAAUUGGGCCUUUUGUAAGUACAAGUUGCGUGUAUUUCACGCAAUUGCGUGGCUCAUUUUGCUCACGCAUGCUCAGACAAAUUUCCCACCUGUUUCCAAGUUGAAUAUAUAAUACUUGCCACAUAGGCUACCUUCGUGAGUACGAUGUUUUAUUUUAUUUUUAACGCAAGUAUCUGUCACUUUUGUUUUGAGUCACAUAUCAUUUGGAAUAUUGAUGAUAACAUUGUUAAACAUUUUGCUACACUAUUUAAAAAUUUAGCUUCCUUUGCAGUUUGAAAACCUAAUAAUUCAUCACUCCUUGUUAUAUUUUAUCGGCCAUCUUGUUUGCGUGAUCGCCGCGCGUUGUUUACGCGAAUCAUAACACCCGAGUAAUAUAAUCAAAUCAUCUCGUGUGAUAUGAUUGAAAUGACCUACUACGUCAAAUACGAUGACGUAUGACAUUAUUAUGCUCACGUGUCUCAAAAUUGGCUUUCUGAUUGGACACUUUGAAUUUGAGGUAUAAUAUUAAUACUUAUCUAUGUUCUUUCCAGGACACCAGUGUGCUAUCGCCAGCAGUACCACUAUUAAUCACACUCUACCUGAUCUACUACAAUUAUGCUUAUUCUAACAGCAAUGCAUUUGUAAGAGCACCAUGCUUAUUUGACUUCGCCUUUGGCAUUGUAUUGGCCAAAGUUUCAAUUGUAUUAUUGGUAAGUUACUAAGUUUUAAGGCUUAGUUGAAGAGCAUUUUGAUGGCAACGUAUUAUUACAUGUAUAUCAAUAGGGUUUUGUCGCUCAGUGGCUUGGGCAUAUGUACGACUGUGAUCGGCUUUCGAUUUACUUUUUAAUCUGCCGGAUACCGCUGUCCACAGUGGUUUCACUUGAGAGACUCUGACUUCCUCCUGUAGCAACCAGAGGUGGGAAAUGUUUUUAUCUUUCCGGGAACCUUUAAGCCUCAAAAUUUUCCGUCAAUGAUUACGAUAUAUUAUUACAGGGAACUGUCUUUUUUACCUUUCAUGGAUUAUAUUCCUUAAGAUGUUUUGUCGUAUGAAGUAGUAUGUCUUACAGUCGAAUUCACGAAACUUUGACCACAAAUGUUCCGAACUUCGUUGCGAAGUUCGCAAGUUCGUUCCGAAGUUUCAAAGUUCAUAAUGAGAUUCACAAACCAUUUUGUUAACUACGCAUUUGAUUGGCUUCUUUUACUUCAGGGACCAAUCAGGGGACUUGUUUACAAAUUGGCUUGUCAAUUCCAAUAUGAGCUUCCGAACUUCAGAACGAAGUUCGAAACAUUUGCGGUCAACGUUUCGUGAAAUCGACUGUAAAGAUUGACAGGCGCACUGUACAAGAUGAAUCAUCAAGUUGUCAUUUGACAUAAUAGUUACAAUAUUUCAUGUAAAAACAAAUUUCGUACUGCAGGCUACAUGAAUAUUUUCGUUCCAAACUGUUACGCUAUCAUUCAAUAAUCAGGUAUUUAGUAAUUCUAUAGAAUUAUCAUGAUUUUUCUGUGUUUGUGUAAUGUACUCAGGUGAAUAUGAUGCUUGUGAUGUUACUCUGAGUGUAUAUCCACACCGGGCAAGCUUGAAAAAUAUGCCUGACCACGGUGGGAAUCGAACCUAGCUACGACCUUUGGAAUACCAGCCCAAUGCUCUGCCAACUGAGCCACGCGGUCCGGUCGGUUCGAAUAUGUGGUAUUUCGGUAUGUGGAAUAUGUGGUAUGUCGGUUCGAAUAUGUGGUAUUAUUAGAUAACAUUGAUAUCGAAGGAACUAGAUUCUGUUCCCAAAUAUCACAUGCUCGAACCGACCGGACCGCGUGGCUCAGUUGGCAGAGCAUUGGGCUGGUAUUCCAAAGGUCGUAGGUUCGAUUCCCACCGUGGUCAAGCAUAUUUUUCAAGCUUGCCCGGUGUGGAUGUGUACUCAGAGUAACAUAACAAGCAUCUAUAGAAUUGGCUAUUAAAAAUAAAACAUCAGGUUCCUAUAAUUUUCUACCUCUAGUAGCAACACCGGACCAAAUAAUAAUUAUAGUUGCCGAAGGCAAGGUGAUUACAAAGCCUAUAUUGCAGUAAUUCAACCCCGUUUACAUUCACUAACCACUGUGCCCCAUAUAUAGUUCGGAAAGGGAUCUCUCCUCGAAACUUUGCACACCCACCUCCCUUUACGACCACUGUUUCACAGAAUAAAAUUUGGCAGGUUAACGUUUGCAAAUGGCAUGGAGUUAUCAAGUGUUAUUGUAUAUAUUAUCCAAAGUGCCCCUGAAAGAUCUUUUAAGAAUUUAAGAAUUCGGCAUUGAAAUUCUGCACUUUGAAAAAAAAAACAUCUUGCUCCGCAAUCUUCAUUACAGUUUUUUUCUUACCAACCCACUAUUCUGUAUUUCAGUAACCCAACGCGUUAUUACACAAAAUAUUCCAAUUCCUCCUGUGCAUGUCUGUCUUGUUUUAGAUGGUGUAUACCCUGCCUCUCUUAUAGAAAAGGAGAGGGGGGUUCGAACUAUGGCCACAAACAGCCUUUAUAGUUCCAACUGCAUUUACCUAAAGUAUUCGUGGGUGAAAAUGCAUUCGUGCAUUAAAUCACUAAGAUUGUUGCAUAAUGCAGUGCUGUAAUUGACUGUAUAUAUGCAGUUCACAAAUUCGACAAUCGUGUCUUCUUCUUAGGUUGUGUGUAUGUCCAAAAGUGCCAUCCCAAUGGUCGAUAUCGUAAUGUUAUGUCCCUUCUUUCAAGCAGUAAAUAUCCAUUUUAACUCACCAAUGAGUGAAUAUGGUUUGUUGUGGGUUUGUCUGGUAAGUUUAUAUUUAUGAUUAAUAUAAUAUUAUCAGGGUGUCCAGUGUCCACGGACAUUAAAUCCUGGAAAGUCCUUAAAUUCGAAAAAAAAACCCCAAUAAAUGAAGUCUAGGAAAGUCCUUGAAAAUUAGUGCAGUCGUUCAUAGUCCUGGAAUUCCUUUCCAGCUGUGCUCAUAAUGCUUGAACAGUAUUUAUAAUCUAUCCUUGGAUUUCGCUACGGCAUUAUGCAGUGAAUCUGACAGGGGGUCAACCUCAAAUGUAUUGAUGCUUAUGCUGUACUGGAGUGAGAGAAUGAUACGAAAUUCCAUGUUUUUGCCACCAAACACCAGGAUAAUACAUAAAACGAACAAUCGACUCACUCUGAUAACUGUGUUUUGUUUUAGAGUUGACCCCCCCCCCCCCGCCCCUUCUGUGACGUCAUAUGAAACCCAAGAAUUGAUUUUGACUAAAAGUAUAGUUGUUCAAAAAGCAAAAUCCGUCCCAUUUUCAAAGAUUUUUCAAGUUUUAAUUCAGGUCCUUGAAUUUACUGAAAAAACGAGCUUGAAAGUCCUGGUAAAUGUUCUUGAAUUCAUCUUCACUAUAGGCUGGAAACUCUGAGAAUGUGUUGGGCGAAAAUACAAUACACACGUGACGAUGAACCGACCAUUUUUUGCAUGAACCAAUACAAAAACAUAGAUAACGAGGUCUAUUAUGGCAGCAUCGAGUUUCCUAACCUUAUUCUAUUGACUAUGAUUGAAUGUACGUUCACUCACCUUCGGCUUCGAUAUGUGUGCAAGCAGCCAGGGGCGAGGGAAGCAUCAAAAGAUGGGGAAGGCCCCCCCCCCCCUCUUCCAGGGCAGCCCUCCUCUUCCAGGGGAACUAUUGCAUAAUUAAAAGGGCGCCUAAGAAAAUUUCCCGGUCAUACCAUACCAAAUUGCAACGUACAAUGAACGUUUUUGACCAAAUUUGUUUUUAAAACAUCGAAACUUCCAAACAAAAAGGGCACCUUAGAUGUUAAUAUAGUAUUUACAGCGACAUUAGCUUGUACAAAAAGGGCACUUUUCAUUACAAAAAGGGCACUUUUGGUCCUUUGAAAGAAAAUGGGUGGGUGGGAGCACUUGACCCCUGUACUCCCUGGUUCCUACUCUCCUGCAAGAAACCUUACACCUAUAAUAGUACCCAGUUAUAUCCUAUUUUCUGUCUCUUUUAGAUAGUUUCGUCUUUUAUCUUAAUUCAAUACUGCUAUGCUGUGAUCACUGAAAUAUGUAAUCACUUGGGUAUCAGCUGUUUUAAAAUAACUCCCAAACAAAUUAAGGAAGAAUCGUCGACAAAGGAAGGAAAGGCUAGCUAACUAUAGACGUGACUACUCUGUAUGAUAAGUUGUGUUGGUGAUCUUUAUAUUUUGUUUGUGUGUUAAAUAAUGGGUUUUAAUUCAAAUGUAUAUGUAAAUCUUUAUUCCAUUGCUAGCGACGCCACAAUUAAAUUGAUCAUGCGUAUAUGUUAGUCAUGCGUAUAUGGUAGUGUGGUCGUAGUACAUUUAUAUUCGUGGUAAUGGGAUGGUUUCUCGUGAAAUUUGGAUAAAGCACUCGUGAGUUUUUCAAAGACCUCAAAUAGUCGUCCUUCGGGCUCGUUCUAUUUUGAUGCUCUUUGAAAAACUCACUCGUGCAUGUUUUGUCCAAAUUGCACUCGAAACCUUCCUAUGACUUAUACUAAUAAUAUACAUGAAUAAAUUAUGCAGUCACGUGCGUAAGUCAUAUAUAGAAAUUAAAAAAUUACGAAAUUUGGGAAAUACAAAAUUAAGAAAAUUAAAAAGUUUGCACUGUAUUUUUUUCAUGUAUUUUAUUAGUAUAGGCAUGGAUAAUAAAAUAAAUGGAUAGGAAACUAGCUGACGUGACCUAAUGUUUUCAAUGGACUGAUGGCGUGAUUGGAUGUUGAAACCUAGUUGCAAACCAAAUUCUCAAAAACGGCAUGUUUAGCAAUAAUACAGCUAAACAUUUUAGUCAAAGAGCAAAUGAAUAUAACUACGCCAUUCUACAAUGAAAUCUCUAAGUAUUCCCAGUCAAUUUUAGCGAAUAUUUCAAGCACUAAACAGUGAAAAAUGCAUCCCAUUCGUAGCUACAAAUGUAAAAAAAUACAAAACAAAGACGAAAAAUAUUUACUUUGAAUACUUUGUCGUGGCUUAGGCGUGUUUUUGAAACAGUUAGACCAGUUCAUGCUUCAAUAUUACUCUUUUAAAGCAGAAAGUCUAGCGAAACAACAAAAAUGCCGAGAACUUUGCAAUACGCGUGACGUCACAGAUUGCAACUAGGUUGUUUUUGCUUACGUCAGCUAGAGUCCUAUCCAUUUAUUUUAUUAUCCAUGGUAUAGGUUAUAGCAUGGUUUCGAGUGCAAUUUGGAUAUAAUAUGCGCCAAUGAGUUUUUCAAAGACCUUAAAAUAGCACGAGUCCGGGGGACGAGUGCUAUUUGAGGUCUUUGAAAAACUCACGAGUGCAUGUUUAUGCAAAUUUCACGAGAAACCAUCCUAUUACUUAUUAAUAAUUUAAAUGAAAAUGUUCGAGACAAUUAUAGUUUUAACUUACGUUUAACUAUAGCGAACAUUCCACUAGCAAAGUUUUCCCAAAUUUUGUUAGUCUUGUUUAAGGCGAAGGUUUUCCAUGAAAAAAAAAAGAUAAAAGCCAUAUUUUUCAACCGAAGUCAACUUUCAAUUUAUGUAACGUGGCGCCAUGUUUCUUUUGUUUUGAAGCAAUCUGUUACCGUUACUUCUUUAAACUAAUCCGCUUUAAACUGAUUGGUUGAUUUAAUCAUCACAAUGUUUUUCCACCAAUCAGAUUUUUGCACUGUGAUUACAGAAAAUUGCACUGUAAUUACAUAAAAUUGCACUGCUGUUUGGGAUUAACUGCACUGAAAUUAACCAAUCACAGUCGAGUAAUAUCUUUAUGUAUAUUAUUAGUAUGGUAAUAAGAACUUAAUAAGAAC